GGACGUUCCACAAUUGUGAAGAUCGAACUCAUACGCCAGCCGUUGGAUUAAAUUUGAUGAAGGUUUCUUUCGGUGUCGUCGUCUUCGUACUUCGCCACUCGUCGUGUUGCCUCUCUACAAAUCACCUCUCAUUUCAAAUCCAUCUCUGAAACUUCUCGUCGUUUAAGGUUCGGACUCCUCUUCUACAGUGUCAGGGGAUUGAGUUUCUAGCUGUGCAAUUAAAGUUUAGGGUCCGUUAUUCUUUUAUGGAAUUUGAAUGCCAGGAGACUAUUAGGGUUUCUGAGAAAUCGGCAUUCUUUGUAGUAAAUGCUUGUGAAGAACAACAGAUUGAUCAGAAUCAGGUUGAUUCCAAAACCAAAAUUGAUAAAGCUGCAAGUUCGAAGCUGGACAUAAAAUUUAGCUGUAAGAAAGGAAUUUUGGCUGGUUGUAGUCAGAAAUCGAGUAACGAUGUUCUUCCUAAUGGUCACAGGUCGAUGUCCGACCUUCCUGCAGCAUUGAUAUCUGAAAUUCUGGAUUGUCUUGGUCCCAAAGAUUUAGGUAUCAUCUCUUGUGUAUCGACGAAUCUUCACAGGCUCGCAUCAGAACACCAUGUCUGGAAGCAAUUCUAUUGUGAGAGGUGGGGUCUUCCAGCCAUUCCAGCAACCAUCGAUGCAGGGCUUAACAAUGAGAAGUCGUGGAGGGAUUUGUUUGUGGAAAGAGAGUUUAGGAGUAGGACUUUUAUGGGGCGAUAUAAUGUUGAUGUUUUGUAUGGUCACACUGAAGGGGUUCGCACAGUUUUCCUUUUGGCUUCGGCUAAACUCAUAUUUACUUCAGGUUAUGAUUCAAUUGUCCGAAUGUGGGACAUGGAAGAAGGGUUGUCUAUUGCAUCAUCACGAGCCCUUGGUUGUACUAUCCGGGCAAUUGCAGCAGAUACAAAGCUAUUGGUAGCUGGUGGCACUGAUGGCUUUAUCCACUGUUGGAAGGCAGUGGAGGGUAUCCAACAUUUGUUUGAUAUAAGGGCUCCUCAGAAUCAGAAUACCCAGUUCCGUCUAUGGGAGCACGAGGGACCCAUUACUUCUGUUGCUUUGGAUCUCACAAGGAUUUAUAGUGGAUCAUGGGACAUGACUGUCCGUAUUUGGGAUCGCUUUUCGCGGAAGUGCUUAAAUGUCUUGAGGCAUAGCGAUUGGGUUUGGGCACUUGUUCCUCAUGAUGCAACUGUGGCAAGCUCAUCUGGUUCAGAUGUGUAUGUUUGGAAUACUUCGAGUGGGGAUCUGAUGACAGUUGUUCGCAAUGCUCAUGUUGGUAAUGCAUACUCUCUGGCUCGAAGCCACACAGGAAAUUUCAUAUUUACAGGAGGAGAGGAUGGUGCCAUUCAUAUGUUUGAGAUAUCUGAUCAUUGCAUUGAGACUGAUGUCUUGAAAGUUGCAACAUGGAUUCCUCACUCAGGUACUGUGUAUUCGCUGGCUUUUGAGUUUCCAUGGCUUGUCUCUGCUUCCAGCGAUGGAAAGUUGUCACUGAUUGAUGUGCGCAAGCUGCUUAGGACUAACAAAGGUGCUUCAAAGAGAAGUGUAGUCAAGCAAUUGGAUAGGAAGAGUUUAGCCAAGAAACUGGAUCAAUCUAGUGUAGAGCCCCCACAGAGGAUGUUACAUGGGUUCGGGAGCAAUCUAUUCUCGGUGGAUAUUGGUGCAGAUCGAAUUGUAUGUGGAGGCGAGGAAGGUGUGGUUAGGAUUUGGAACUUUACUCAAGCCUUAGAAAUCGAACGUAGAGUGCGUGCACUAAAAGGAAUACGGUUAGAGAACAGGAUGAGGCGGCGCAAGCAUCAGUUAGAGAUCAACAAUAAAGGUAGCCACACUGACCAAUGUUCAGUUGCUGCCAAGAAGAAUUCAGUUAAUGGCGAUAGGAAUAGUAUUAGGUACAACAAACGCGGGAUGACCAAUAAGCUGAAGGCCUAACAUCUGUUGUUAAAGUCCCCGCAUAUUAAGCAACACAUGAUUUAUUAUUAAAAAGAAUCUUUGGCACUUAUGUUUAUUAUAUUAUUACUAGUUUGCACUAAUAAAUGCUUUUGCUGAUAA